UUACAGGGACUCAUGGAGUCAGAAGCUGGGACCAACAGGACAGCUCUUACUGAGUUCAUCCUCCUGGGCCUAGUGGAAUAAGAAAAGCUGCAAUCUCUGGUCUUUGUACUCUUCCUCUUUGCCUACAUGGUCACAGUCAAGGGCAACCUCAGCGUCCUGGCAGCCAUCUUGGUGGAGCCCAAACUCCACACCCCCAUGUACUUCUUCCUGGGAAACCUGUCAGUGCUGGAUGUUGGGUGCAUCACUGUCACUGUUCCUCCAAUGUUGGGUCAUCUCCUGUCCCACAAGCGUACAAUUUCCUAUGAUGCCUGCCUCUCACAGCUCUUCUUCUUCCACCUUCUGGGUGGGACGGACUGCUUCCUCUUGACAGCUAUGGCCUAUGACUGCUUCUUAGCCAUCUGCCAGCCCCUCACCUACAGCAUCCGCAUGAGCCAGGAAGUCCAGAGGCUAUUGGGGGCUGUAUCUUGGGCUUGUGCCUUCACCAAUGCACUGACCCACACAACUGCCCUAUCUACUCUCAACUUCUGUGGUCCCAAUGAGGUCAAUCACUUCUACUGUGACGUACCACAGCUCUUCCAGCUUUCCUGCUCUAGCACCCAACUCAAUGAGCUGCUGCUCUUUGCUGUGGGUUUCAUAAUGGCAGGUACCCCCGUGGUUCUCAUCGUCACCUCUUACAUCCACAUGGCAGCUGCAGUUCUAUAAAUCAGUUCAGUAGAGGGCAGGAAGAAGGCUUUCUCCACAUGUGGUUCCCACCUCACUGUAGUUUGCCUUUUCUAUGGGACAGGUAUCUUCAACUACAUGAGACCAGGUUCAAAGGAGGCUUCAGACAAGGAUAAAGGGGUUGGGGUUUUCAGUACUGUCAUUAACCCCAUGCUGAACCCACUCAUCUACAGCCUCAGAAACCCUGAUGUUCAGGGUGCUCUAUGGCAAGUACUUGUGGGAAGAUGAUCCCUGACCUGA